UUUCACUUAAGUGAUACUUACUUCUGCUCGCAUAUGCGGAUACUGUUAACCAUGACCCGAAGAGUUGUGGAGCUCUGCGCUAUGAUUGUUGCGCAGCUUACGCUUACCGUAUAUGGCCAAGGGAGCAAAGCGGUUCGCUGUUUCCUGGACCGGAGAAUUGGGACUGGACAUAAUGACUUAAAGUCAUUGUCAUGUCACAUCUGGGAGUCCCAGCUGCCACUUUCAGAGCCCAACCAGGUCGUGCUUUCGAGUCAAGAAUCCGCAAACUUGACUGUCCAACAUCUCACAGGAAACCACAGCUGCUCUUGGGAAAGGACUGAAAGGUGCCAAAUGAAGAAUCUAGAGGAAAGAGGAAGCUACAUGGUCUUCAUUAGGAACCCAGGAAUCUACACUCUGUGCUGUAAACAUGGAGCUGAACUUUUCUCUGUGUCCUUUGUUGUACAUCAGCAAGAAAACCCCUUGAGACGGCCGUCAACACCACAGCUGAGUAUUGCUAAUGGAGAACUAGGAUAUGGGUAUAACUUCCUGUGCAGUUCCUUGGGAUACCCGAGACCGAAGAUCACAUGGUAUAAGUCCCUAGACAAAAGAGAUGGUGUAAGUGGGACAGAGAUGAAGAGCUCGAAUCCAAUCUCCACAAGAUCCUUGUUGCGAAGCUUUGAAUACUCUGAGACAGAUGUGCUGUGCUGUGCGAGGAACGCACUGGGAGAGGAUUGCUCCAAGAUGCAUGAUUACAACCUAAAUCAAGGUUCCAGUGAGCAGGAGGCAGCUGUGGUAAACCUCAUCGCUGGAGAGACACUUCUGCUACGUUGCAGACACAACAGUAUCUCACCCUUAAGGUGGCUGAAGGACUCAGGAACACCUGAGGGAAAGCAAUUCCAUGAUGAGAUUUAUGAUGUCAGCCACUGCUACCUGCUUAUUGACAUGGUGAUGGCGGAGCACAACGGCACCUACAGCUGCCUUUCAUCAGUUAAUAACAGGACAAAGUCCAUACGUGUUGAGGUUCUGGAACGCGGAUUUCUGAACAUUCAGCUAAAGGAAAUGAACCAGGUCUCUGCUUUGGCCCGAGAGUCUUUGUGCCUACAGGCUGAGGUCAACUCAUACCCCGAGCCGUGGUGCCACUGGGUCACUCCGCACGGCCAUGUGGCCUGUUCAGAACCAAGCCGCUACCGUGGAAGCAGGAUAUUUUGGUACUGCAAACCUGAUCCAGGAGAGUACCAGCUUACUGUUGAAAACAAUGAGAUGUCAAUCACGAGGAACAUGACAGUUUGUGUGGUUGACACACCUGCUGUGGCCAUCGCCCUCACCAAGGACAAUAUUCAGUGCUCGGCCAAUGGAACGUCCCUUUACGUAACCUGGAGAUAUUGCCAAAUGUCCACCAAGUGCCAUGAGGAUGCCCUAUGGCAUGAGAUGAUGCCUCAGACCAUGCAAAAGUCAAGGCUCGAAGAUUUUUGCCAGCAGAGCCACUUCACCUCUGUGAGCUUGUCGGAGCUGGAAGACGACAUUAUCGUCAAGUGCUGUGCUAACAGUACCAUUAGCUCUCCUCAGUGCAGUGCAGCAAUAACCCUGAAGAAACACGCAUCAGUGAUCAUGCAGAUGAUGUUCAUCCUCUUCAUCCUGCUGUUGUUCGUCUUCCUGAUUGUUCGCACCAUCAUGAUCAAAAAUAAGAAACCCCGAUAUGAAAGCCAGAUUCAGGUUCUUCAGGUAGUGGGACCCCUGGACAAUGAUUACAUUUACAUCAACUUCAAAGAGUUCUCCUACAACCUGGAAUGGGAAUUUCCCCGGGAAAACCUCAAGCUGGGGAAGGAGCUGGGCUCUGGGGCCUUUGGGAAGGUGGUGAAGGCCACAGCGUAUGGGCUCAGCCAGCCUGGAGUGUCCAUGCAAGUGGCAGUAAAGAUGCUGAAAGACAAGCACCACCCAGUGGAGCGAGAGGCCCUCAUGUCAGAGCUGAAGAUGCUGGUGCAUAUCGGCAGGCAUGUGAACAUUGUCAACCUGCUGGGUGCAUGUACAGAAUCAGGACCCGUCUAUCUGAUCUUCCAAUACUGCUGCAAUGGAGACCUGCUGAGCUACCUGAAGAACCACAGAAAGCAAUUCCAGAAGUCACUGUCUGACAUGUUUGACCAAAAGAGGUUCCACUGCCUGUUUCAGACCGAGCUGACCUUCAGAGAAAGAGAAGGUAGCUUUAACAGCACCUACAUUCCAAUGUCCCCCCUGCUCUUCAGAGACACACAGGGGCCCAGCAGAGCCAGCAUUCAUGGCGGAAUUAAUGAAGAGUCAGACUCCCUGGAAGAGCUUCAUAUCCUCACCUACCACGACCUGCUCAGCUUUGCUUGUCAGGUGGCCAAAGGCAUGGAGUUUCUGUCGUUGCAGAAUUGUAUCCAUAGAGACCUUGCUGCAAGAAAUGUACUGGUUACACAAGAGAAAUAUGUGAAGAUUGGAGACUUUGGACUUGCCCGAGACAUUGAAAAUGACAGCAACUAUGUAGUAAGAGGAAACGUGCGUCUGCCAGUGAAGUGGAUGGCACCAGAGAGCUUGUUUCAGGGCGUGUACACGAAGCAGAGUGACAUCUGGUCUUAUGGAAUCCUGCUGUGGGAGAUCUUCUCACUGGGUGUUACGCCAUACCCAGGGAUGAAGGUGGACCAGAAAUUCUACAUGCUGAUUGAAGGUGGUUUUCAGAUGGACCAGCCAUACUACGCCAGUGACUCUAUGUAUGAUAUAAUGCGCCUCUGCUGGGCCCUGACACCCCAAGACAGACCGCACUUUUCAAAACUGGUGGCCGUACUGGAGACUCAGCUGGAGGACAGUGAGAAACAGCUAUACACCAACACCGGAGAAAAGGCCUUGAGCCAAUCAAUCUACCAGAAUGCCGAUGUUCUCCCGGAGCAUAGGAGGCCAAACAGAGAAGAUGAGAAAGUGCCAGAGAAUGAGUCCAGAGAGACUGAAGUCCCGCCCGGUCCGGCCUCCAUUCCAACUGAGCUGACCCCCCUGAAAGAGCAGGGCUAAACACGAAUCUGUAUGACUUUAAUUCGAUAGUACCAGCAAAGCAAGCUAAAUGCUAAUACACACACAGAUAUGGUAGCAGUUACAUAGCAUGAUGUCAGUCUGUUAGGCUUCUGCAGCUAUAGUAUAUAGCUGCAGAAGUACAUCUCUGAAUAUACUUCUAUGAGCAUCUUGGUAUUUUCAGGAAUUACACAUGUAGCCUGUGAUUUAUAGCCCUAUAUACUAUAUACUGUAAUUUAUAAGGAUAAUUUAGACCCAUGACCUAGUCUUGGACGAGUCCAUUUUAAAAAUAUAUAUUUUUUGUUAAA